UUCAUUCAAUAAAAAAUUAUUAGAUGAAGCACAUGAAAAUGGGAAUAUUUAUAUGAAAGUCAUGGUUGGUAAGAUGAAAUGUAAAUUUGAUAAGUAUUGGGGUGAUUGUAAUUUGUUGAUUUCUCUAGCAGCUAUAUUAGAUCCAAGAAAUAAGAUGAAAUUGAUUGAAUGGAGUUUUCCAGAAAUAUAUUCUGAGUUUGAUUCUGAUGAGCAUAUUACAACUGUGAUGGAGACAUUGCGCAUGCUUUAUAAUGAAUAUGUAGAUGCUCAUAAAACAAAAAGUAUUGGAUCAAAAAUUAGUAGUGGUGAAACUCAAAAAGAAGGAUCUAGUUGUAUUAUAAGUGGAAAAGGGAAAAUCAGAGGAAGAGCACAAUUUUAUAGCUAUAUUAGGAAUGUUGAUUGUGUGAUUGAGCAACCAAAGUCUGAAUUAGAUGUGUAUUUGGAAGAAGGUGUUCAUAUUUGUCAAGAUGAUUCUAACUUUGAUGCCUUAGAAUGGUGGAAGAUGAACAACAUGAAAUUUAGGAUAUUAUCAAAGAUGGCUCGUGAUAUACUAUCAAUUCCUAUAACAACUGUUGCUUCAGAAUCUGCUUUUAGUGCUGGAGGUAGAAUUAUUGAUCCACAUAGAGCAUCAUUGGGAGCAGAAACUGUUCAAGUUUUAACUUGUGGAGCUGAUUGGUUGCGAGCAUUUUAUAGCAUCAAGAGAAAAAAGAAGGAUAAAGAUGAUAUUCAAGAGGUCAUACUACCUUAGUGGUUGGAUCCUUAACAUUCAACUUUGUUGUUAUAAUUAUUUUUCAGGUUAUAUGGACGUUGAAGUUGAAAUUCAAGUUAACUAGUUGAACAAGUAUGAAGAUAAUUAUGAAGAUAAUUAAAUUAUAUUAGCUUGUUUCAACUGUUGGAAGUUGGAAUCAACUUUAUUC